AUGGUCUCAUUCAAGGCCGCUGUGGCCGUGCUCCUGCUCGGAUGCGUCCUGUCCGCCUCCGCCGCGGGACUGAUCGCCACCAAGAAUGUGACGGUCUACGACUUCUGCGACAUCACCCCCGCCGACGUGGCCCCUCCCUUGACCAAGGACAUGGAUUUUGUGGGCAGCGUCAAGUUCGUCUCCCUGGGUGAUGCGGACAUCGCCUACCGUCGCUUCGGCAACAGUUCCACCGGCCGCCCCCCCUUGGUGCUCGUCGCCGGCCUGGGCGAGACCUCCGCCAUCUGGCCCGCCUCCUUCCUGGAGUACCUGGCCGAGCAGCAGGAGGUCAUCAUGUUCGACAACAGGGGGAUCGGCCAGAGCACGGAUCUCACUGAGGGCUAUAUCAACGUGACCUCCAUGGCUCUGGACACCCUCGCCUUUGUCAGGGGCCUGGACCUGGAUGUCAAGGUGAACCUCAUGGGCUGGGGCAUGGGCGGCAUGAUCGCCACCACCUGCGCCGCCCUGCACGGCAAGUACUACAACAAGGUGAUCGUGCUGUCCGGCACCGCCGGCAGCCUGCACUCCCGCCACAUCACGCCCACGGCCAACCGCAUCCUGAUGUCUGACCCGGAGCCCACCGAGCUGGAGAAGCUUUGGCUCCUGUUCCCCCUGGAGCACACCAGCGCUGCGGCGGCUGCCUGUGCGUACUUUAGGAACCCCGAGCCCUCCGUGGUGGACUUCUUCAACUACACCACCUUUGAGCGCCAGGCCCGCGCCUUCUCUGAGUUCUUCUUCGAUGUCGAUGAGGUCUACGAGGCCCUCCCCAAGAUCAAGAACGACCUGCUGCUGGUUGGAGGCGAGGACGACGUGAUGAUCCCCUCCCAGGGCCUGAGGGUGAUUGCCAGGCGUACCACCACCCCCUGGCUGGUGGUGCUGAGGGAGGCCGGAAACGCCGCCUGGAUCCAGUACCUGCCCAGCUUCGUCAGCAUGCUGGACUUGUUCCUGGAUGCAUACCCGGACAUGUGA